ACGGGUCAAGUAUAUUAUAAAAAGGAUGGCUGACAUUUCUCUUAUCUUUUAUCUUUUGAGGAUUUUGCCAUUGUGGCUCCAUAAUCCCCUUGCGUGAAAAUGGCAGUGAGUUUGAGUCUUGUUUCCUCAUUCAAAGGACUCUCCUUAUCUUCCAAUUCUCUCCUCGGGGUUUCACUUCCCAUUCCCCCCAAGUUCUCCGUUUCCUUCCCGUUGAAAUCUCCAUUGACAAUUGAGUCUGCACACAAGAAAGGAGCAGGUAGCACUAAGAACGGUCGAGAUUCUCCUGGACAGAGGCUUGGUGUCAAGAUUUAUGGUGACCAAGUCGCCAAGCCCGGUUCUAUAAUUGUUCGCCAGCGCGGUACAAAGUUCCACCCAGGAAAGAAUGUUGGACUUGGCAAAGAUCACACAAUAUUUUCUUUGAUUGAUGGACUAGUCAAAUUUGAAAAGUUUGGGCCCGACAGAAAAAAGAUAAGUGUUUAUCCACGUGAGGUGCAACCUGAAAACCCCAACAGCUAUAGAAACCGAAAGAGAGAGUCCUUCAGAUUACAACGUGAACGUAGAAAGGCACGAAGAGAAGGUGUCAUCCCCGAGCCUCAGUUGAUAGUUGCUUCUGCUGCUGAAUCCUCCGAGGAUAAUCCUACAACCACUUGCUGAUAAUGGUCUUUCGACUUUUUAAACAUUCUGUUGUCGUUUUGGUUAUUGCUAGUAGUUACUUGGGAACACAUAUGCAGGCACAUUUUCUAAACUGUGUUUCUGCCAUUGUUGUCUUUU